AUGCAGGGUCGAGUAGGUGACGGCCCUGGAGGAGUGGGUGCUUGUUUCGUCGGUGGGCUACUGUCCAUGCCGGUGCCGUCAACCCAUCGUUCGUUCCGUUACUCGGGUUCUCGACCCCGUACUUCUGGGCAGACGCGCACCACCACUCGGACUGAUAGUGUGGCGGACGAGGAGGAGGAGGGGGACGAUGAGGGGGACGAUGAGGGGGGCGAUGAGGGGGAGGGAGAGGAGGAGGAGGAGGACAAGGAGGGGAGCGGUGAUGAUAGUGAGCCGGGGUGGACACCCCGGGCGCAUGGCGGUGCUGGGGAUGGUGGAGGAGAUGAAGACGAGGAGAUGGAAGGGUUGGAACCUGAGGGGGUGGAGGAGGGGGUUGGUGAGGGAGGAGGGGUUGCCGCGGCUGCCGCAGAGGAGGCAUCUCAGCAUGUGGGUAGAAAGCCAGUGCGUGGCGGUGGCGGUGUUAAGAAGGGAGGGAAGGCAGAGGGGCGAGGGGCAGCGGGGUCAGGCAAGGCUGGGAUCAAGAGCUACAUGUCGAAGAAGCUGUCAGAAGUGGAGCUUCGUCAAGCGAUCGCCAAGCUGGUGGUGACCUGCGACCUGCCCUUCAAAAUUGUGGAGGCUAAGGAGUUUCGCGAGCUUCUGAUCCUGUGCAACCAGCACUGCGGGCAGAAUAACUUCAUACCUUCGUGCUGGACAGUGGCACGCGACACGGUGGCGUUUUCAGUGGCCGCUCUGCAUGCAGCCAAGGCGGAGAUACAGCGGAAGGAGGGGGAGUUGGGAUGCAAGGUGUCGUACACUACUGACAUCUGGACUGCGCCCAAUGGGAAAGCUUGGUUAGUUGUGACAGGUCACUGGAUCGACGAGUCGUUUCAGCUACGCGAGGCACUGCUCGAGUUUCGCGAGCUACCAGGUCGCCAUGGCAUAGCACAGAUCGCGCAGAUCGUGGAGGACAUGGUGGUGAUGUGGGGGUUGGAGGGGCGUUGUCUGGGCCUCACCACAGACAACGCCUCAGCCAAUAUCGCCGCGUACAGACGGCUGUCGGAGGAGGGUGGUGGUCAGGCUUUCUUCAACUCCCGCCUGCACUUCAGGUGUGUGUCACAUGUGGUCAACUUGGCAGUGCAGGCAGGACUGAAGGUGGAGGCCGUUCACGCCUUGUUGAAGGUGCUCAGAGACAUGGCGUCCUGGCAUGUGUGCAGCAUGUGUGUGGCAUGCGUGCAGCAUGUGUGUGCCAUGUGA